GGCGGCGGAACGAGCACAGCCGGAGCUCUCAUUCAUUCAUGCGGUUUUCUUCUCCUCGGAACGAACGCGCUGUUGCUCCCGCUGCUCUGAAACAACCGGGACUACUCGUUUCACGUCUCUGCUUUUCCAACUCAGUAUAUAAUGCUGCUCUGAGCGAAGAGCGGAGCGGGAGGGACGGAUCAGCUGGGUUUCACCGGUUUAUUAUUCACAUGUAAAAAAAGAAAAAAGAAAGGAGAAAGUCUCGGCUGUUGAAAGGCUGGUUCUCACAUUUCGGGAAAGGAUACGAGGGGGGAAUUUACACCUGGAUUGCUGCUCGUUGAGGACAACAUGCCUCAGACACCGCCAUUCACGGGGCAGCUGAACACAGGCAGCUACAACAAGAACCUGUACCAGACCAAGGAGGAAGGCUACCCCGGCCUCUAUUACCAUGACAACAACCUGGUGUCCGGGUCCCUGGAGGCCCUCAUUCACCACCUGGUCCCAACUGUAGAUUAUUAUCCAGAUAGGACAUACAUCUUCACCUUCCUGCUCAGCUCCCGCCUCUUCAUCCACCCAUAUGAACUCAUGUCCAAGGUGUGCCAGAUGUGCAUGGAGCAGCAGCGGCUCAGCGAUCCCCAGGCUGACAAGAUGAGAGUCAGGAAGAUUGCUCCCAAGAUCCUCCAGCUCCUGACGGAGUGGACGGAAACCUUCCCGUAUGACUUCAGGGACGAGAGGAUGAUGCGCAGCCUGAAGGAGCUGACCCACCGGCUGGCUAGUGGAGACGAGGUUUACAGGAAGGCAGUGGGCCAGAUGAGCCAGGGCCUGAUCAGGAGGUUGACGGUGCUCAGCCAGUACGAGGAGGCGCUUGUCAAGAUCAACGCCACAGCGGCCGACCGACUCACGGCGCUCAAGGCGAAGCCCCAGGCAGCCAUCCAGAGAGACAUGCUGUCCAUCUGCAACGACCCCUUCACCGUCGCACAGCAGCUCACGCACAUAGAACUGGAGAGACUCAGUUACAUCGGACCUGAAGAAUUCGUCCAGGCCUUUGUCCAAAAAGACCCUCUGGACAACGAUAAGAGUUGCUUCAGUGAUCACAAGAAGGCCAGCAACCUGGAAGCUUAUGUUGAAUGGUUCAACAGACUCAGUUAUCUGGUGGCUACAGAAAUCUGCAUGCCUGUGAAGAAGAAGCACCGAGCUCGAGUCAUCGAGUUCUUCAUCGACGUGGCGCGUGAAUGCUUCAACAUCGGCAACUUCAACUCCCUCAUGGCCAUCAUCUCUGGGAUGAACAUGAGUCCUGUGUCUCGGCUGAAGAAAACCUGGAGUAAAGUCAAGACGGCCAAGUUUGACAUCUUAGAACACCAGAUGGAUCCUUCCAGCAACUUCUACAACUACAGAACGGCGCUGAGAGGAGCCACGCAGAGGUCGAUCACAGCCAACAGCAGCAGAGAGAAGAUUGUCAUCCCUUUCUUCAGCCUGCUCAUAAAAGACAUCUACUUCCUCAACGAGGGAUGUGCCAACAGGCUGCAGAACGGACACGUCAACUUUGAGAAAUUCUGGGAACUCGCCAAACAAGUGAGUGAAUUCAUGACCUGGAAGAAAGUGGAGUGUCCGUUUGAGAAGGAUCGCAAGAUCCUGCAGUACCUGCUGACCGCUCCAGUGUUCACUGAGGACGCGUUGUAUCUGGCUUCAUACGAGAGCGAAGGUCCUGAGAACAACAUGGAGAAGGACAGAUGGAAGUCUCUGAGAUCCACUCUGCUAAGCAGGGUCUAAAAUUUAUAAACUGAAGAAACCAGAGUGAAGACAAACCCCUGACAAGCUAGCCGUGCCCUGCUCAGCGCCGCUGUUGUCCGAACCAAGUAUCCCUGUGUUGGAAGGGAAAUGACAAUCUCUACUUUGGCUGGCGAGGACCUUUUGGUGUUCCCUCCAGCUUCAGAUUUCUAUGAAGCUCUGCUUUUCCUUACCCUCUUUGCUCUUUGUGCUGUAUAUUUCAGGACAGCUGUUUUUUUCAUCUCUUUGUAUGACUUUGUAGAGUCUUUUUUUAAAAAAAAAGAACCGCCACAAACCUUCAUGAUAAAAGCCAAGGGAGGUGCUUUUUCUUGUCCGAAGCAUUUCACCCAGAAUCGUUGGGGUUUGUCCCCCAUCCCCCACCCUGCACCAGUUUUCAACCCAUUUUUUCCACUGAAACUACAAAGUUAGCUGCUGGUUGGCUAACGUAACAGAAACGCUACUCUCUCUCUCUCUCCCUCUGGUUCCACAAGCCAGCACUCUGUACAGAGAAGUCGAACCUUAACCCGCAACACUGUUGUUCAUCAUUAAGCUAGCCAUUAUUUGUAGUUUGGUUUCGUCUCUUUCCUUUGUACGAUACCUGAGUAUCUUACGCCUCAUGUUAAUUGUGACGUUUAAGAGAAAAUGCACUGGCUGCAUUUUAAAGAUGUAACUGAGUUUUUUUUGUUUUGUUUAUUUGUGUUGUAUAAAGGUGUUUUUCUUAAGCAGGAAGCAACACUACCUUGUUGUUUGUCUUUGACCCCCUCUCGGCCUCAGUGUGCGUCAAACAAAGUCAGCAUCAACCAAAGUAUUUCUCUUCUGAACAGCAUCUUUCCGAAGUAGGAGCUGGGGCUUAUGAUGCUGUUAGAUGCUCUGACAAGCGCUUUGUUUGAGGCACACCGAGGCCCCUCAGCAGUGAGCUUAAAUGGAAGGUGUGAUGAUGUGUGUUUCCUGUUGUCCCUGAUAAUCUGUGUUGAAAUAGCCCUCUGCUGUGGUUCAGGUGAACCAGACUGUGGGCUAACAUUCAUACUCUCCCUUUUGUUCCUGCUCUACCUGCUAAUGUAGAAAAUGAGUGUGGUUGUGCUGCCCCCUGGUGGUUCAGUCAGAAAAGUGAAUGGAUUUGUGUGGUUGAAUAAUGUGAACUGAGGAUUGUUUUUUCUGUUGAAACCCUACAGGUUAAAUAAUAUCCUUUGUUGUUAUUUUGAGAUUAUUAAAAGUAUAGUUUCUUCCCUGUUUAUUUAUAAAUCUAUUUGUGUAGUCACAUUAUGUCCUCAUGCCAAUAUGUACUGUUAUUUUAUUGUUAUUUAAUUUUGUACUAGGUACAUAACAUGCUUAAGUAGUCCUCACAAAUUGGCUUGAUUAUUAUUUUUUAUACAAGUUUGUAUGAGACACUUAUUUUUCAAGGUACUAAAUCAGAGUAUGAAGUUAAAUAUGUUUGACUGAUGUCUGCUUUACCUUGAGUGCUCUUCUCACCACAGAGUACUGUUGUGUUUUAUUGUGUACAUACUGUAUGGUUCUUUUUUCUCCCUCGCUGUGUUCAUCCAUUUGUAUUUGGACUGUUAAAAUUGAAUAGAAGAAUGUUUAUUAAAUGAGUUAGUUGUGUUUAAAAAGAGAAAGUUAAUAAAAGAAUGUUUAAAAUUA